AUGACAACCAGGUCUAGAUAUGGAGAUAAAGAGAUAUUUGAUGAGAAGCUAGGAACCAUUCUACCUUCGUAUUCGAUGUACACAUCGACGCUAGGGUUGAAUGCAACGGUACCCGAUGACAUUCCAGAUCAGCUUUUGCCUCCACCGCCAAACUACGAUGCUAAUCCCGGCAAAUGCAACCAGCAGAGCACCAGCGCAUUUUCCCCAAACACGUUGUCGCCAUCACCGACGCCAGCAACUGCUGGAACUGCCUCUAGUCUGGAGCGUGAACUAGUGGCUCAGAACAGCAACGAUUUGGUACCGGUGCAGUCUGUUUCAGGCAGGAGAUUGAUUGUCACCGACGAUCAUACCUGGAGAGAAACCAUCUUGGACAAUGUGCACAACAUGCCCAACAUGACUUUUGAAGACCACGAAAUUCCCAAAGCGGUCAAGAUGGAGAUUUUCUACACCAAGGAUAUUGGCGAGAUUGGCAAACAGCCCGAGAUGAUUGAUCCGUCACUUUACGAAUACAAACAGGGCGACUUGUUGAAUGGAUAUUUGAUGAUUCACAACACUUCAAACCACCCUGUUCCCUUUGAGAUGCUCUAUCUUUUGUUUGAAGGAAACUACAUGGUUGCCAACCACCUGGACUUGCGCGACACGGUGCCCGUCAAAUGCAAGCGGUUCUUGGAGAUGUUUGAUUUCUACGGAAGUUGGAAUGAUGCUCAUAUCAAUCGGUUGAAAUCUGAAGCUGAGUGCGUUCAUUGGGGAGGAGAAGACGACCCCAUCGACCCCAUUGAUGGAUCACACUUGUAUUUCAUUGGCAAAAAGGAGAUCCUCCCGAACCGCACAUACAAGCGGUUUUUCUCUUUUCGAAUCCCCAAUAAUUUGUUGGACACCAAUUGCGAACAUAGUUUAUCGCGGCAUCUUGAGCUUCCUCCCACUAUGGGUCAGCUGAGAUGGGAGUUGGCCCAUUUCCCCGAGAGGGAACGCGGCCGGGUGCGAGACUUGUCGAUCCCAAACACUUCGGUCUCCUACGGCGUGAUGGCGAGAUUCAUUGGCCGCAAGUCGACAUGGGAAGAGAAAUUCGGCAAGUUUGAAACGCCAAAGAAGAAAUCCAAUGCCAAAUUGGUCAAUUCGCAUGGUGAUGAGUAUAUUAUCUUAAAGGAGUUGAUUAAUUAUGUGCGCGUCGUUACUGAAACCGAGAAACCUACCACGAGUGAGAAAUUGGUGAAGCAAGUGGAAAAUGAAUUGUCGUUGGAGAAUAUGCGGCAGAAACUCGAUGCAUUGAUAAAACAGGGGAAACGGUUAAUGGAGGCGAUUGAGUCCAAGAAUUUCAAUGCUGCUAUCAUCGAGUUGAACGAGCACAUUUCACAGGAGGAGAUUGAAGCUGCCAAAGUUCGCCAGAGCUAUACGUCUCACGUGGAAUCGUUACGCGAUAUGAAGGAGAAUGGCAUGAACAAGACUGACUACUAUGAAGAUAGCGUUGCGUUGGUUAAGAAAUCGUUAACAGGCAGUAAGAAAAUUGGUGUUUUGCGGGCCAAGACCCCCAAAGUUGAAUACCAUAUCAAAUACAUCCCGCCGCCGCUGUUUAGAGAAGGUGCAAUUGACGAGUUGGCGCAUAGUUGGAAAUUGGAAAUACCAGUGGACUUGGAAGCGAUUGCAACUAGCGAGAAAUUCACGGCGCCAGUAAUUAAAGGAAUUGGUGCCGAGUUAGUUGUGCACACCAUUAAAUCACCGAGCAGGCCCAUUGCGUUGGAGUUCAACCAUAAUCUCAUCUACAAUAAUAAUAAAUAUAAUAAUAACAAAAAAAACACUGAAAAUCGCACGGCGGGUGUUGAUUCCAACACUUUUACCAGCACGAUCAUCAAGCCAUUCCAGCGCCAAGCCGUUGAGAUUGCCCUGAUUCUCGAGAUCUUGGGCACCGACAAUUUCAGAGUUGAAAAGCAGUUGAUCAACGAUUUAAAGUCCGUGUGCCGUUUAGAAGAAAAGACCAUGAACUUGGUUGUUGAAAACUUGAAGCUGUUUAAUUGUAAGGAUGUGAAGAUGUCAGCGAGUGAUUCGACUAAGCUGCAGCUAUUCCAUGCUUCACUUAGACUCGCGUUGGAUUUGAAAAGGUUGUCAGUGAAAGGGUAUCCCGUGGGGAUGGAUAAGGAAAAAUCAUACGACAAGUUGAACCUUGUGCCGAGUUUCCAGUCUUGUUAUUUGGCGAGAUUCUACCAUCUCAGCUUGAAGAUUGUUGUUUCUCAUGGUGAUUGUGUGAGAUUGAAGGUGCCGUUGUACAUAGACAAGAACGAAAUAAUAGAGUAA